CGGUUUCAAAAACGUGAUAGCUCUUGCCUGUAAGUAGUCAAUGUCAAACACACACGGGAACAUUUUCGUAAAAAAGACUAUGCAUAAAGUCGUGUAUGUAUAGCCAAAUCUUUUGAAGAAUGGACGAUCCGGCCAGUCGCUACGCUGCGGCGCUUUUGCGCCAGGACAACAAGCAACUCCGUCAGUCGGGCAGUGUUUUCUCGAAAGCAUCCUGGGCUGACGAACGGAGAUCAUGCGCAGCAGGACAUAGCAUUGCUGCCGGUCCUUCGAGCGCGAAUGCGGCCGAGAUCGAAAGGAGUCAGAUCGACGUACUAACAGGGACUGAUGGUAGCAGCAAAAGAAAACAUCAAACGGAGACCACUACCCCUUCAACUGCCACGUCGGCGAUGAGUGAUUGCAAAGAACGGGCCGUCAGCGGAGCCGCAGGGGAAAUAAAAAUCGUGGCGAAAACAAGGAGGUCAGCACCAGCAUUCUCUCACCCUGUGGUCUCCUCUUCUUCUUUCAACACUAGCAUGGCCGCCGUGGACCACGUUGACGCCCACGCUCGAGAAGACCUUGACAUAAAUCCAGCUUGUUCAUCUUCGGAGCACCAACAAGCGAGGAAAACGGAAGUGCUCGCAGUCCGUUAUGAAAGCCUCACGUUGGAAAUCCUCAAAGUGGAAAUAAUUUGUAUAUGCAAAAAAACGACUCCAGUCGAAGCGCCAUUUCUAGUCGGCGCAUGACAAAUUUUCCGGGCACUCAAAGGAUGUCUGUCAUGCUAGGUAGGCAAAGGGGUGCCCUUCUCUCGUGCUAAUCAGCAGCCCAAUUCUGAACCCCUAGCAGGACAAGAGUCGGCCUCCAUUCUGUCCUCUGCAAUGCAGUCUUUUUUGCCUUGCAUUUCAUGCAUCACAAAUUAUUUCCACUUUGAGGAUUUCCAGUCUGAGGCUUUCAUAUCCGUGUGCAGCAAAUGGAGAAGCGAAUCCGGUAUCACACAGCACCAAAAAAUAUUUAACGUUAACGGAAUUUGGGAUGCAGUAGCAGUAAUGCGUCAGAAAUGAUGUUGAUGAUAAGUAAUGCCCUAAAUAAAUUGUAUUGCACAGCACAGCAUGCAUGAUAUUAGCGAAACUUUUCAUGCAAAUGCAUGACUGCAAUGGCUCACAACUACCGUUAACGUGAUACACUUUUUUGUUUGAUAUUCGCUACCUGGAGUCCACACUGAAGUCCUUCCAGGACAAGCUCUGCGAAGUUUCUGCUCUGACCUCGAUCUUGCAGCUGCACCCGGAUGAAGGUGAUUCUAGCCUGGGUCGUGCUGGACCGCAAGAACUACCGAAGCAGCGGGCCGAGAAUCUUUCUGAUUCUGCGCAUGUUCGUGUUGUCCACAACCAUGGCGCCGCUUCGGAUCAAUCCACCACGCGGGUUAACCCCGCGAUGAAGAACCCCAAGAACAUCAACCUUGCUGCCUGUUGUAAAGAAGAAGAAGAUCCUAUCCAAGAAACACUUCCUGGGGCCGGCGAUGAUGUAACACCGAGCGCCUCCUGCGGGGACGGAGGAGAGUUCGGAGCACCACGAGGACCAUCGCAGGUUUUUGUUCCAAAUGUUGGAGAUCAUGAAGGGUCUACAACUUGCUCCGAGGUGCCAAAGUUUCGGUUACGACAGCAGGUGUACGCCCUCGAAAAGAUGAAAUGGAAAUGUGACGGCACGCAGCAGUCGUUGCAUAGCAAAUAUCCAAGCAAAAAGUACAUAGAUACGUAUCUCGCGCGCAAUUUUUGUUCUACUUGCGGAACAGAGAUAGAGAUUCCUCGCACUCGCAGGCAAAUCUUCUAGAACAAGUAACGUCUUGCUUAGGUGGCACUUACAGACACUGUUUCUUGUGCAUUUCUUGCUUGCCACGUCUACUAAUCCAUCGUAAUCGCUUUAGAGCAAGUCUGGUGCUCGUGGUUUGUCUUUCAAGCCUUUUUAGUUGGGCUUCAGCAUAAGACAGACGAACCACUAGGUAAGCUCAAAAUUUGCAAUGAUUUUUGAGAUUCUUCGCUCGUUGCCUUAACCUCUUGCAGAUGACGUACGCAAUAAAAAGCAGGACAUCUUCACUUUUUUGCUUCGAUAGCGCACUUUCGGCAUUCAAAGUCCUGCCCGGCACGAUGGGCAGCGUCGUGUGUGCAAUCGUGGAUGGUGAUCACGAUCUGCUGAAGAUUCGAUGGCAUUCCGUCGCGAAAUCCGACGGCAAGACCCCACGGAUCGGCCUGGUUCGUGCGUCCCAAAUUUCUGCGCGCCACCCACUGGAAGUGAGACGAGCAGGAGAACAGGACAAGAACCAUGAUUCACCCGUGUCAAGAAAUAAGAAGUUGCUUAUUUCAUCUCCCUCGACGUUGAGCGGUGUCGCGUGGCGAGGUGGACCUUUUUACCCGUCAUCAAAUGCUGCAGGAAAAAGCACGAGCAACGUGGCGGCUUUAUUCGACGAGCAGCAUUCUGGGAGUGUAGCUUCGUCUCCGAGGACCGGAACGAUGGCUAUGCCGAGCAACGCGCAAAAUUGGAAACGAACGCGACCAAGAAGCGCAUUCGGAUUUUUCAUGCGAGGGGCGAAUCGAUGAAUAGUGGUAGAAGUCCUCCUGCCAGAAAUAAGUUGCGGCUUCUAUAGUCAUUGACUCAGGAUAAAAAGUAUACGUUGUAGAAAAAUCUUCUCUUAAAGUAGUUCAUAAACUACUACACCAGAGCAAGCGCGAGACAGCUGACGCCUGCCUCAUGGUAUGAAUGUAUGAUUGCAGCGUUUCCGAAGAUAAACAAAAUCUGGCCAUCCCUUACGAUCGCACGUUGUCAGGGUCGCAAGGUUUUGCACCUGUAU